UUGGUUGGUAAACGAAAGUAGAUCAGAGAUAACCAGAAAAGUUUCUUAAGGAAAUUGCAAAGUAGUAAUGAUAUUAUCCUGAACUGUUUUGCUUAUAUAUGUUAAAAAGAAAAAAGAUGUCUUUGUCAUUUAUCUGCACGGCUGGUCGUGGGACGGAGAAAUUUGUGGAAGAAGAAUUGAGAACAAAAUUUAAUUGUGUUGACGUAAUAAAUAUUAAAGGACAAUCUUGUUAAAAACAUCCGAUGGUAAAAUAUAUUUUGAUGUUAGAAAUGAACAGGACAUACAACUUGAUGAUCUGUUAAAUUUAAAAAGUAUAGAAAGGAUUUUCAUCAAAAUAAAUAAUUUUAAAACCAGUAGAUUACCGUACGGAAAAGGUAAAGGCCAGUUUUUGAAUGCGUUAAAGAGAAGAUUAGUGAAGAAAGACAAACUUCUAAAAUCUUUACAGACAUUUACAAAGCUUCACAGAGGAUUGAAAACACGAACAGAUUCCCUUGAACCAGCCCCUAAAAAAUGUAAAUUACAUAUGACAUCAUCUCCGUCUGUGUUGGAUGAAGACAGGCAACAUGAGGACGGAAGUAUAAGUUUUCGAAUUUGUUGUAAACUUUCUGGUCAGAUAUGUGGAUUAAUAACAUCUCAGGAAGUAAAUAUUGAGUUGGGGAAACAUAUUACAAAGAUAACUGGUUGGAAAGUAGAUUUAACAUCACCAUUAUUAGAGGUAACAGUUCAUAUGAAUGAUGAAGUUGUUGUAACAGGUGUACCUGUUAUAAGUAUACCGAUAUCGAAGAGAAGUUAUAUUUUACACCAUGGUUUACGAUCUACUGUAGCUUGGAUAAUGUCUCACCUGGCCGAUAUACAGUUUAAUGAUGUAGUGGUUGAUCCAAUGUGUGGUAAAUCUACGAUAUUAAUAGAAGCUGUUAAAUUACAACCUGGAGGUGUAUAUAUAGGAUGUGAUAAAGACAAACAACAAUUACGAUAUUCUAUAUUAAACCAACAACAUGCUGGAGUAGAUAUCAACUUUUUACAUACAGAUACUUUACAUCUACCAUUAAUAGAUGAGAGUGUUGAUAAAAUCGUGUGUGAUGCUCCAUUUGGUCAAAAACAUAAAACAGACGAAGAAAUUAGAACAUUUUAUAUAAAAUUAUUACAGCAAAUUUAUAGGGUUUUAAAAGUUGGCGGUAAAAUGGUUCUAUUGACGAGUUCGCGUCUACGAUUUCACGUUUUACAAAAAUUAAAACAACCUCACAAAGAUAUAGUACCGAACAUUCAACCCACCAUUACUCAUUGUGAUAAUAUACAAGAAGAUAUUCCAGAAACAUUUAGUAAGAAAGGGAUUCAAGAUUUAAAACAACCCCGCAACGAAAUAAUAUCGAACAUUCAACAAGUGGCUACUCAUAACGAUAAAAUACAAAAAGAUAUUCCAGAAAUAUUUAGUAAGAAUGAAAUUCAAAGUUGCGUGGGGAAUUUUUUGGAGACUAAACAUCACCGUCCAAUUACAGAAAGCUUGCCUGACGACAAUUCAUUGAAAACAUCUGUAGAAAAGUCAUCUAUAAUUCCUAGUGAAAACGGUAGUUUGGUUGAUAAUAGUGAAGUACCGGUAAUUAUUCCUUCUAAAAGUGAAUCUGUUUAUACGAGUACAUCUUUAGCACCAGAUAUACAACGUAGAGAAAAACAUGUGUCUAUUACAUCAAACGUCUGUGACGACAAUUAUAGUGAAAAUGAAAGUAGAAAUGAUAGCCAUUGCUUAGCAACAAAAAUACAACACAAAGAAGAACAUGUGGCUAUUACAUCAAUGUGUGCAAUAGAUGAAGGGUUUGACAAAAGUAAAAAUGAAAGUAGAAAUGAUAGCCAGUGCAUCGAUCCAAAAAUAGAACACAUGGAUAAACAUGUUACAUCAAAGUGUGAAAUAGCUGAAAGUGAAAGUAGAAAUGAUCGCCAGUUAUUACAUUAUGUAGAGGAUCAUUAUAUAAAGUUAGGUGAAACACACGCUUAUAUUAAUGUUGCGGUUAAACUUUGAUAUUUUUCGUAUUUUAGGUCUAAUAAAAGACAAUUUAUCCCAAGUA